GAAUUUACACGGACUCGUAGGAGAACUAUCCUUGUUUGUGAGUCAGGAAAAGGGUCGUGUUUUGUAAGAGCUUAGGACGGAUAUAAAGAAUACCUCUUUGUUAGAGUGAGUGUAGAGUGGAUGGGAGAGAUGAAAGAAGAAAUACAGAAUGAAGAGAAAACAGAUCCAAGGGUAGAAAACCAUUUUCAGGUUUCAACGGUCAUCGUGGAAAAGCGGAAUAAAUAUGCUUUUGCUUGUGCCAUAGUCGCAUCUAUGAUCUCUAUUUUGAUGGGUUAUGAUACAGGUGUAAUGAGUGGAGCUAUGCUCUUCAUCAAAGAAGAUCUUAAAAUAAACGAUGUCCAAGUCGAAGUCCUUGCUGGGAUUCUGAACAUAUGUGCAUUGGUUGGAUCUUUAACAGCAGGUCGAAUCUCCGAUUGGAUUGGACGUCGUUACACCAUCGUCCUCGCUUCAAUCAUCUUCUUCCUCGGUUCAAUUCUAAUGGGAAUUGGAUCUUCUUACGCAGUCUUAAUGACCGGACGUUGUAUUGCUGGUGUUGGAGUUGGCUACGCUCUCAUGAUCGCACCCGUCUAUUCAGCAGAAAUCUCAUCUUCAUCUCAUCGAGGCUUCCUAACAUCUCUACCCGAAGUAUGUAUCAGUCUAGGGAUCUUACUAGGCUACCUAUCAAACUAUAUAUUCUCUAAACUUUCACUAAAACUCGGGUGGCGUUUGAUGCUCGGCAUUGGUGCAAUCCCUUCACUUGCCUUGGCCGUAGGCAUUUUGACAAUGCCCGAGUCACCGAGAUGGCUUGUAAUGCAAGGUCGUGUAGGAGAUGCGAAGAAGGUUCUAUUGAAAGUUUCCAACACUAAGGAAGAAUCUGAACUGCGGCUUCAGGAUAUGAAAGCUGCGGUGGGGAUAGACGCGAGCUGCACAGAUGACUUCGUGAAGCUACCGAGACUUAAAGGGGAGGGUGUUUGGAAAGAGCUGAUCUUGAGACCUACUCCUACUGUCAAACGGAUCUUGGUCGCUGCAAUUGGGAUCCAUUUCUUCGAGCAUGCUACUGGGAUUGAAGCUGUUGUUUUGUACAGCCCAAGGAUAUUCAAGAAGGCAGGAAUUCAUAGCAAGAGCAAGCUCCUGAUUGUAACUGUAGCUGUUGGAUUUACAAAAACUUGUUUUAUUUUGGUAGCUACAUGCUUAUUAGACAAGGUGGGAAGAAGACCUUUGUUGCUAACAAGUACUGCGGGGAUGUUUGUCUCUCUAUCUGGAUUAGGGUUUGGGUUGACUAUGGUGGAGCAUUCAAAACAGAAGUUGAUGUGGGCCAUCUCGCUUUGUAUUGGGGGUAUCUUGUCUUUUGUGGCGUUUUUCUCUAUUGGGCUGGGGCCCAUCACAUGGGUUUAUAGCUCUGAGAUCUUCCCGUUGAGAUUAAGGGCUCAAGGAGCUAGUAUUGGAGUGGGUGUGAAUAGGUUGAUGAAUGGGACAAUAUCUAUGACGUUUAUAUCGUUAUACAAGGCUAUUACCAUUGGUGGGAGUUUCUUUCUCUUUGCUGGUAUGUCUGUCUUGGCAUGGUUGUUUUUCUACUUCUUCUUGCCUGAGACAAAAGGAAGGUCUUUGGAAGAGAUGGAGGAGAUUUUUGGUAGCAGGACGAGUUCUGGAGAUGAGAUUGAAAAGGGAGGAUUAGAGAUGGCAAAUAGAAGUGCGUGAAGAGUGGCUGAAUAAGGGGUAGAAAUUAAUAUAAUUUUGUUUCUAUGUGUGGUAAUUGAAAUCUCAUCCAUGGGCCUCUAUCUAGGUCUGACCAAGAAUGUAGUUAGUAUGUU